GGGAAUCCUCGACGCCUCAAGACGCAGAUCUCAUGGCUACAUUUCUGCUCCUGUUGUUCCUUCUGUCUGGAGCAGCUUCUGACCUGAUUGUGGUAACAGUGGACCCUGGAGAUGAUGUCAUUCUGCCAUGUCGGGCUGCUGAUUCCUUCAUCAGAGCUGUAGAGUGGACCAGACCUGACCUGGAGCCACCAGAGUAUGUCCUCUUAACUAUCGAUGGACACCUGGAUCCAACCCACCAGCAUCCAUCCUUUAAGGACAGGGUGGAGCUGGUGGACAGAGAUCUGAAGGACGGAGACGUGUCUUUAACUCUGAAGAAUGUGAGCAGCAUCGACAACGGGACAUACGAGUGUCGAGUUGCAUCAGCUGGUUCAAGACGUAGAAGGCGAUCAAUCAGAGACUCUGAUCCAAUGAGAAUCAUCCGUCUGCAGGUUCCAGAGCCAGCAGGUGAGUGAGUCUCUCUCAGUGAGUUUUUCUGAGUAUCAGGUUGUAGCUGCAGUUUCUAACAUCAGAGAGGAUGAAAGCUGCUCCACUAUCCACACAUCUACUGACUCAUAUGUUUUAUUAU